AUGACUGAGAAGCAGAGCCAGGGGCCAGCAGCUGACUGCCCCAUUUGCUGGAAUCCCUUUGACAACACUUUCUGCACACCCAAGGUGCUCCAGUGCCAGCACUCCUUCUGUAUCGAGUGCCUGGCUCACCUGAGCCUGGUGUCUACAAUGCGGAACAGGCUGCAAUGCCCACUCUGCCGCCACCCCACCGUGCUCCCCUCCAACCAGACCAUUACCGAACUGCCCACGAACGAUGCUGUCUUGCGCCUUCUGCGCUUGGAGCCCAACCACAUCAUCCUGGAAGGUCGGCAGCUGUGCCUUAAGGAGCAGCGCAAGAGCAGAUACUUCUUGCGACAGCCAAAGGUCUAUACCCUCGACCUGGGCCCAGAGACAGACUCGAGCUCUGCAAGCCGCCAGGAUCUGACCCCCCUGGGGGGCACUGCCACCACAAUCACCACCCAGCCCAGUAGCACUUCACUCCUGAAUUGUGUCCGUGACCCCCAGUUUCGCCUUUUCACCUACUUAAUGGCCAUCAUCUUGAGUGUGACUUUGCUACUCAUAUUCUCCAUCUUCUGGACCAAGCAGAUUUUUUGGGGCAUGGGCUGA